AUGGCUUCUGCUGUGCCUUACAAUCCCGACGAUUUCGAGAACAACAAUCCAUUUGCAGAACCGUGUUACACCGACGAUCCGGAUUAUGAACAGGACGAUGAAAACGGUAUCUCUGAGCAACAAUAUGACCAAGACGAAUCUGCCAACGAGAACGCAGACGUUUCCAAUAUGGGCAAGUUGACUGAAGCUGAGUUACGGAAGUUGCUUCCAGAAAGAUAUACCGACAAGUACCUGAUACAAAUCCGCUUGGUGGCCAUAGAGAAGAACAAGGUGGGAAACCCGAUAUUGCGGUUCGAUGCAGCUCUAAAGGGAUUACCUCGGUUCCGACAGGCGAAAUAUAAGGAAGUUCGUCGUACCUACAACGAGGUGGUAAAGUUCAACAAGUAUUUAACUAUAUCCAAUUUAGAAGUUUUUGUUCCAGUCAUUCCGGGAGCAGUGACAUCGUAUCCAUCCGGAGGUGACGAGGAAACGAAGCAGUUGCACCAGGUGUGGCAAGAGUGGUUUGAUAGGAUUUGCAGUAAUCCUAUACUCGUUAGAGAUGAGGAGUUUGUCUAUUUCCUAGAGAGUGACUUUGGAUAUUCAGUCAUCAACAGCAACCGCAAGUCAUCUGUAGCCAGUGGAUUGAUGCGGAAAACGCUUAAGCAGCUUGCUGUGCCCUACGAUCCGUACGACGAAUUGGCCGAGUUCCGGCCAAUGAUCAAGUCGGCCUAUCUCGAAUGCCAGAAGCUCUACCGGCUGAUGGACAAGAACUCCAAGACAGAAAAGCAGUUGUCGAUCCACGUCUUUGAUCUUUGCAACAAGCUUUCUGUGUUGGCCCAGUCGGAGAACUCGCAUCCGGGCAUGAAGAACAUGUGGGAGAAGUUGAGCAAGAUCGUACAGAUCCAGUCGGACUUGCUUCUCAUUGAGUCCAUUAACGAUAUGGGCUCGCUUGGUGAUGGUAUACAAUGUUUGGUCAACGACUUCUACCAAAUCAAAGAAGCCUUAACGAAUCGUCAUUUGAUAAUGAGAGAAUUAACUCAGGCCGAAACCCAGACACAGACAAAGCACCAGAAUGCAACAAGAAUCAAAAACAAAAGUGCUUUAGAUCCCAUAAAAGUAGACGAAGCCAUUCGUUCUUUGGAAUAUGCUACGAAGACGGAGGAGUCACUCAACUUGCAAGUCAAACGUAUCUCAGGCGAAAUGCUCUUUGAGCGCAAGGAAAUCAUUCAAUUCACAGAAAAGAAGUUUCAGAAACUCCUAAAAAACUUCACCUUGAACAAAGUAGACCACCAUCGUAAAAACUUAAAGAACUUGGAGAACAUCCGUUUGGAUAUAAGAAUCGUAGACCAGAAGGGAGGCUUGUCGCGCUUGAACAGAGACAACUUAACAACUCUCAAGCACAACUUGAGCCAAUCACAAUCAGCCAACGGCGACUCAUGGUCUUCGCGGACUUUCAGAUCGCUCAAGAAAGAAGAAGAAGAACGAGAGAACAGAUUGGAAAAAGAGGAAGAGGAGGCAGAAAUCACAAAGUUAAACGAAGACGACGACGACAGCAAGAACGUGGUAGACGCGCGUAAUGCCGCUACUCUCUUGGGAGUAGCUACUUUCUAG